UUGGGUGGACCUCCGCAUAACAACUCGAAUCUGUUGCCGACUUCAGGAUCUGGAUUAGAGACCCUAAAAAGUGUUGUAAGCUGCAGAGAAAAGGAAGCAUAAUGUUUAACCGACUUCGAAAGAAAAAAGAAGACAAGCCAGCUUCCAGCCCCGGCCGCUUUGCCCUCCCAAACUUCCGCUCCAACAGGAGUAACAGUAAUGCUGGAGAGAUAGAUGAAGCCCAGGGGUUCCUGUGUCCAACAUGCAUGCAAAACUUUCAGUCUGCCGAAGCGGUACAGGCACAUUUUGAGACAGAACACAACGCUCAAGAUGGAGGGGCGACAGAAGACCAGGGGGAGGGUUUCUUGUGCCCAAUGUGCAAGAUGUCUUUGACCUCUCCGGAGGAGCUACAGACUCACUACGAGGCAGAACACAGCGACAAUGACCAGGCGGGCGCCAAGCCCGUGGCAAGGAAUGGAGAAAUAUCUGGGGUGGAGAUACAAGAGCUACGAAAGGAACUGGAGAUGCAUCAGUUACAGCUGAAAGGAUCUGAAGAGGCACGAACUUUAUUGUCUUCGGAGGUUUUCCACAAAGACCAACAGCUGACAGACGCCAACAUGCAGUUGGAAGUGCUCAAAGCUGAAAAGGAAAAGAUGGAAGUGAAGGCGGCUCAACUGGCUGGAGAGAUGGCCAGCAUGAAAGCGCGGGUGGACGAGAGUGAAGGACAGAGGACAGCGCUGGAGGACCACAUCAAGACACUCAAGGUUCAACUGGAAGAAAAAGGGACGUAUGUGAAAAACCUUGAGACUCAACUAGCUCAAAGUGAAAAGGAGAAGGAGAAAAAGCCGGCAGCUGAUGAUGUGUUUGUGCUGAAGCAAGAGCUGGUGUCCGUGCAGACGCUGAUGGACAAGAUGACACAGGAGAGAGAGAAGGAGAAGGAAGAGUUGGAGAAGGAGUACAAGGAGCUCAAGUCUCAGUUUGAUCAGAAGGAAACAGAGCUGAAGGAAUUCAGUGUCAAGCUGCAAGAGGCUCCUAAGACAGAGCAAGUGGCCAGCCUUCAGUCAGCUCUUGAUGAGAAAGAGUCCAGUGUAGAGAAACUGAAGUCUUCUUUGUCAGAAGCUGAGAAAAAACUGACUCAGGCAACGGAGGACAAGACUAAGACCCAGACGAAACUUGAGGAAAGUUUGCAGACCUUGAAAGAGAAGGCUGGAGAAAUAUCUCAACUUCAGACAUCAGUAGACCAGAAGGAAGAGUCCAUCAGCGCAUCACAACAGGAAGCCGAGAAGCUCAAAGAAGCCCUGGAAGAUCAGAAAAAUGAAUUGGAACAGACCAAGAAAUUGCUGGAGGAGAAGGGAGCGGAGCUGGAGAGUGUCCAGAAGGCGAUGGGAGACUCGGCCGAGGUGUCUCAGUCCGCCAUGGUGCAGAAGGAACAGCUCCUCAAUGAGCUCAAGUUCAAGGCCGAGAAACUACAAGCCGACCUGGACACAAAGUCCAAUGAAAUCUCUGACCUGGAAGCCCAGCUGGCCACGUCCAACAAAGUGUUUGAUGAGGAGAGACGCUGUUCGGAUGACCUGAAGUCCCAGGUGCUGGAGAGAGACGGGAGACUGGAGGAGGAGAGCAGGAAGCUGGCUCAGAUAGAGGAGAAAGUGCGAGACGUGGAGGGCAAACUGACUGCCAUGUCUGAGGAGAAACAACGCCUGGAAGGAGAACGGGAGGAGCUGGUGGCCAAGAUCGAGGCUGGGGAUGGAGCCAAUGAGCUCAUCAGUCAGAUGAAGCAGGAGAACACAUCCUUGCAAGAGAAAGUGUCAGCCCUUGAAACAUCUAUAGAGAGCCAGACGAACGAGCACUCUGCCAAAGAGGAGAACUUGCAUAAACAAGUGCGGGAGGUCAAAGGUCAGCUACAAGAGGCGGAGGCCAAAGUGACGAAGCUGGAGGCCAGCGUGGAAGAAAAGUCGACCAAAUUGAACUCAGUACAACAGAAACUGCAAAGUGUGGAUGCGGAGCUCAAAACGAAGGCGGAGCUGCUGUUAGCCUCAGAGGCUGCCAAGACCAGUCAGAGAGUGGACCUGGAGAAUCACAUCCAGACGGUCAACACAUCCCUGGAGAAAGCCAAUGUUCAGCUCACCACAGUGAAGGGACAGCUCGAACAGGCAAACACAGAUGUAACUUCACGCAAGGAGAAGAUUGCACAGCUGGAAGGGAAGCUUGGGGAACAGAAGGAGAAGUUGUCUCAGAGCAACAAGAGGGCCAACUCUCUGGAGAGGAACGUCAAAGAGAAGACAAGUGGCCUUAAUGAACUGGAGAAGGAGAAGAAAGAAGUGGAAGAGACACUGAGCACUACAAAAACAAACCUGGAAGAGACGAAGGCGAAACUUCAAACAGCUGAACUACAACUGGAAACAGAAAAGAAGACAAGAGAGUCGGAGACAUCAGAGUUGUCAGAAAAAGUCGACAGACUGAAUACAGAGAAAACAGAAUUGCAGGAGAAGCUGAAUUCUACCAGUUCCAGUCUCGCGGACACUGAGAGGAAACUUUCUGACAAAAGUGCUGAAUUGGAGAAGGUGACCAAAGAUUUGGAGAGUACACAGGCGGACCUGAAAACUGCACGCACAGAUUUGACACAGAACAAAGAGAGCCUGAGCGGUCAAGUUGCCUCACUGACCACAGAGUUGGAGAAAGAGCGGAGUGCCUCGGAAGCUGCCCGGCAAGAACUGGAGAAACAGGUGUCCACUCUGAGCACUGAGAGGAACAGCUUGAGUGAGGAGAAAGUGAAACUGGUCAGUGAGAUCACGGACCUCAACAACCAGGUCAAGCAAAAGUCCUCAGAAAUUGACAGCCUGAAAGGGGAAAUGGAAAAGGAGAAGAAUCAGUUUGCGUCUCAAAAGUCAGAUUUGGACAAAGGUCAAAAGGAGAAGGAGGCUGAAUGGGAACAAAAGGCAGAGGCUUUGAGGCAGGAAAUAGCUGCUGAGAAGAAACAAGUGGAAGAAAAAGAAAAGACAAUUCAAGAUUUCACUCAGAAGGUCUCUGAGUUGGAGGGUGUCAAGUCAAGUCUUGAAACUGCCAAGCAAGAGCUGGAAAGCCAGUCAGCAGAAAAGCAGAACAGGAUUGAUGCUCUGAUGCAAGACAGGGACUCAUCAGAGAAGAAGCUAUCAGAGUCUUUGCAAACUUCAGAGACCAAAGUAACAGAAGUGUCUGCUCAACUGAAGAGCACGGAGGAGAAACUGAAUGUGCUGGAGGUGAAGAAUGAGGAGAUGACCUUGAAGCUGGAGCAGCGAGAGGAAGAACUGAAGACCCGCACAGACGAACUGCAGGCUACGAGAGACAGAGAGACGGAGCUCAACAACUCUUUUGAGCAGCUUAGUGAGAUCCGUGGUGCUAUGAAUGCUCAAAUGUUGGAACUGGAUAAAGAAAAGAAAGAGGCUGUGGAUGCUAAAGUUGAUCUUGAGCAGAAAAAGGCUACUCUGGAGCAGGAGCUGUCGCAGGUGAAGAAAGAUCUAGCAGAGGCCAGCUCAGGCAGGGAUGAGUUUGAGAAAGAGGCUGUUAAACUGAAGGCGGCCUUGGAGGCUGAGCAGGACAGCAAGCAAAAGGAGGUCACCACUUUAACCCAGGCCAAAGAUCUGCUGAUUCAGCAGAAGCUGGAAGUACAGACCCAGCUGGACUCACUGCAAGGGGAAUCUGGCAGACUGAAUGAGGAGCUGAAGAAGAUGAAGCAGGAGGCAGAUGACGUGCAGCAAAUCCUACGCAAGGAUAACUCGGUGCUACAGGACAAACUGAGUUCGCAGCAGACAGCGUUUGAUGAGUUGCAGAAGGAGAAGGAUGAGGCAGAGGCCCGGGCUGAGAUGCAGAUGUCGCUGCUGAGUGAGAAUUUGACCACUGUGCGGACUGAUCUGACCGUCGCUGAGAGCAAGGUCGAUGAACUGACGCGUCUCACCGACCAGCUCAAGGGGGAGAAACUAGAACUUGAAGCGAAGCUAGAGAAUAACAACGAUGAGAGGCGUGUGCUGGUAGAGAGAUGUGUGACCAGUGAGAAAGAGUGUGAGAAGCUGCGGACAACCGUGUCCGAGUCUCGGCGUAAGCUGGAGGACACACAGGCCGCGCUACAGGAGCUCGGCCGGGAGAACCAGACACUACAGAUAACAACAACGAAAGUUCAAGGACGUAAAUGGGCGGACGACAGCGAAGUGUCCGAGUGCAAUUCCUGUGGGAAGAAUUUCUCUGUCACCGUGCGGAAGCAUCACUGCAGGAACUGUGGCCACAUCUAUUGCAAUGAAUGCUCCAGCAAGACAGCUCAGGUCCCCACAGCCAAGAAACCAGCUCGUGUUUGUGACUCGUGCUAUCAAGAAAUAAACUCCCGGAAGUGAACCAACUCCCCUCGCCCCGGCAAACCCUGACUCCCUCCACCCCACCCCGCGCCACCCCACAAACUUGGGAAUACACUCCUUGCCUUUACCCCACCCAACCCCAUCCAACUGCACAAACUUGGGAACACAUUCCUUGCCUAUUCCCCCACCCAACUCCAACCAUCCUCACCCUAUCCCAUCCUACCCUGCCCAACCCCAGCCCACCCCACAAACUUCGGAACGCAUUCCUUCCCUUUAUCCCAACCCCAACCAAUCCCACCCCACGCCAUCCACAGACCUUGGGAACACGCUCCUUGCUUAUCCCCUACCGAACCCCAAAUAACCCCACCCCUGCUCACUCCAUUUCCUUAUCCCGUAACUUAUUCCUCUAAUUGCAUCAGUGAUGACAUGUGUUUUUUCAUGUCCUCUCAUUUGUCCAGAGCUUCCCAGCUUUUGAAGCGUUAGAAGUGACGCAUGAUGCCGUCUGUGUGAAGCUCAAAGCUUGUCACAUUCCCAAUAUUCUUUCCACUUUUGUUUUACUGUGAAUACUCUGUUGGCGCCCUUAGAGAGAGUACUGUACUGUUAGUGAAUAUGUUGGUUUCUGGUGCAAAAACAUCUGAAGCUGUAACAAUAAUAACUGAUAAUAAUUACAUUUAUAUAAUGCAUAUUCUACAGCCUGCACUUGGCACUUUACAACUAUUCUCUUUUUAUACUGGUAGUGCGCGGAUAAGGUACUCAGAUGGUCAAUGUAUGGUAUGUCCGUCCGAGAGUCAAAUAGGGAUCAGAACUGUGGCAAUCACCAUUUUUGUGUGUAUUGAAUUUGUUUCGAGUUUGAAUAAGGACAAGCGCCUUGACACAUUAAUGGUCAUUUUCCUGGAAGAAAAAGUAAGAAAACAGAAACAACAGAGGGAAAGAAAAGAAGUUUGAACUACCAGUGACGUCCUCCAGUCACAAGCUUUUGUUUUUUCUUUUCCAUUUUUUGGGAAUAAUAAGAAACCUCUGAAGGUAUUAUUUGUUCACAGCUCGCUACCUUACCACUAUCUGUUUGGACACUGGUAGAAAUAUUCUUGAGUUUCAGUUAUCAAGAAUUUCUGUCUUUGAUCAUAAUGAAUUAAUAUUCAAGGGCCUAUACUAUACAUGUAAUAAAUCCGCUGUCACUUUCAGUGCUGUUUUUAAUGAUUGGCUCAAGAAUAUCAUCUUUUUCAAGGAUAUAUCCACUGCGGUUUCCGAAAAUUGUGUGAAUGGUUCAUUUUAGAGUUGUCAAAUUUUAUUUGUAGGCCAGUGAAAUGUGCCUUGGGACUAUACUAAAGGCAGGAAAUCGUUGCCAGUACAAAAGAUAUUUAGCAGCAAAAACUUGCAGGUGAAUGGUAAUCAGUGAAACAGGAAAAAGAACCAAUGAUGGGUACUGUGAUCUUUCCUUUUUGUGUGCUGUAUCGUGAAGACUUUAUUGUUUGCUGAAGCAGUCUAGACAAUGUCCAUUUUCCUAUUCUUGUUACUUUUUUAGUCCCCGAGUAUUGUCCCAAACACAGACAUCUGCCCUAUUUCUCCCAGUACUGUGAUGCUCAGUUAAUUAAUGGAUUAUCUUUUUGGCAUUGUCCUUUUUUAAAUACUGUAACCAGGAAAUGUCCUGUUUCGCAUUCAAAUUUUUCACUGCCUUCACUAAUGAAAAUUUACAAAAGAAUUGUCAUGUAUGAUUUUGACAGUCUGUUUACGGGAUCUUGCCUUAGAUUUCCUGGUACCAGUCCAGUUAAUGCUGUCGUAAAAAACAGCUUGUAAUUCUUUGUAUUCAAAAGUUUAAUUUAGAUAUUAAAAUGCUUGUUAUUUUUCGCUCAGGUGACUGCCUGCCUCUGUCCCUCAAUAUGUUACCAUCAACUUUGCCAUUGUAUUCUGGUUUGAAUAUAUAUAAACGUUGUUUCCAGCCCUUGGUUUUUAACCACUUUCUGCAGUCUCAGUAAUUGGUCUUUGACCUUUGUUCUCUGGCGUAGCUCCGUAGGGUAUUGAUUCCUGUCACUUUUGAUUGGUCAGUUGAGCUUUCUUAUCUGUCAGUAAUGUUAUCACUUUGUGUGAUAAAUGAAAGCAAUAUUUUUGGCGACUUGGCAUUAAAAAAUCUGUGCUUGCGCAUUUUAA